UUCCACACGAGGAGAAAGGCGGCGCCGGCGUGCGGCGUGAAGGGGAAAAGUCGCCCCCUCACUAGUGCGGCUGCGCGGGUACCGGGAUCGCGGCAGGGGCGCGGUGCCGGCGGCAGUGGAGCGUGCGCGAGUGCGGGCGCGCCCGGGGACUGAUGGCGGAAGUGGAUCUGGUCGCCGAGUUUCCCAAACCUGCGGAUGCUGCGCGCUACGCCGAGGUUAUGGCUCGCUUCGCCGCCAGGCUGGGCGCGCAGGGCCGGCGGGUGGUGUUGAUCACGUCCGGCGGUACCAAAGUUCCCCUGGAAGCCCGGCCAGUGCGCUUCCUGGACAACUUCAGCAGCGGGCGGCGCGGGGCUACCUCGGCCGAGGCCUUUCUGGCCGCGGGUUACGGGGUCCUGUUUCUGUACCGCGCUCGUUCCGCCUUCCCCUUUGCCCACCGCUUCCCGCCCCAGACCUGGCUGUCGGCGCUGCGGCCCUGCGGCGCAGCCCCUUCGGGUUUGCUGAGCCUGGAGGCCGAGGAGAAUGCACUUCCGGGCUUCGCGGCGGCUCUGCGGAGCUACCAAGAGGCUGCGGCUGCCGGCACCUUCCUGUCCGUGGAGUUCACCACUUUGGCGGACUAUUUGCAUCUGCUGCAGGCUGCGGCCCAGGCGCUCAAUCCGCUGGGCUCUUCUGCGAUGUUUUACCUGGCUGCGGCCGUGUCAGAUUUCUAUGUUCCUGUCUCAGAAAUGCCUGAACACAAGAUCCAGUCAUCUAGGGGCCCACUGCAGAUAACAAUGAAGAUGGUGCCAAAAAUGCUUUCUCCUUUGGUUAAAGACUGGGCUCCUAAAGCAUUUAUAAUUUCUUUUAAGUUGGAGACUGACCCUUCCAUCGUAAUUGAUCGUGCACGGAAUGCUUUGGAAGUUUAUCGACAUCAAGUGGUGGUGGCCAAUAGCCUUGAGUCACGACGGUCCUCUGUGGUUAUUUUAACAAAAGACUCAGAAACCAAGAUAUUGCUGUCAGAGGAAGAAGUAGAAAAAGGCAUAGAUAUAGAAGAGAAGAUAGUGGGUGAUCUUCAGUCUCGACACACAGCUUUUAUACAUGACAACUGAAGUAAAAAAAGACUUUGUAGGAUCAAAAAUUGUUCAGUGGAUCAGGGCUCUUAUAACUGGUAAAAACAAAUCCUUUGCUUUCAUAAAGACAAAAAAAUGAAGGGAAAAAACUGAGUGGUAUGCAGGUGAAUAUAGUUUGGUAUUUGUCUUUUAAAGAUCAUUUCAUACUCAAUAAAAAUGAAAACAAAAGCAACGCACUUAUGACCAAGCCACCUGACACACUCAUCUGAUUGUCACCUGGAUUUUGAAAAUGAACAUGAGCUGUUCCUCACCUUUAAAAAAAGAGCUUAUUGGGAAUUAUAUUUCUCGGCAUAUACCUGUGAGGCCUGAAUAUCAACCUUCUUCAUAAUAUGAGAAGGAUUAUGGAUGCAUGAAUGGCCAUGCCUUAAAGAUCAAAUAUUUCGUGAUGCCUACCAUGUGGUAGGCCCUGAGGAUUAUGAGGGUUAAAAAGAUGAAUAAAUAUGUCUCUGGGAAAUGGAUGUAUGAAAAAUAAAGUGCAAUAAAGUGUGUGCCCAAAAGCCAA